AUAAAGUAUAUGGUGAUGUCACUUCCGGUAAGGAAGAAGUAGUGUCAUGAAGAUGGAAGCAAGACAGUUUUCUGACCGUGUAUUAUAGUUCAGUAAAGUUGUUAUUAAACAUGUUCGAAAUGACAUCACUGGACUGUCUUAUGUUACCCGCGUUCAAAUCCUGCUAAUUCAAAGAGAGAAACAAAACAAGAAGAGACGGAUCGAUGGCACAUACAAUUUAGUCAAAAAACUCGCUCUAUGGAUAUGGAAAUGAAGGAGCGCACGUGGCACGUUAUGACGGACGGAGAUUCAUCUCUAAACUAUCGUCUUUGAGUGAUCUGAAAUGACUCGCGAUCGUGGAUUAUAAAUAGUGGAUGAUAUUUCUCCGGUGGAUUUAAAGCUGUUUUACAGGAAGGAACGUGACUGACACGUAUGAAACGUUGCAUAACAGUAAGGUAACGGACUCUGAUUCGGCUAUAUGAUGACUCAAUGCAUAUUUGAAGAAGCUGAAAUGCAUACGGUUGAUGCAGAAAAGUAUUGCGUGUACUUUUAAUCGUCUGCAAACAGUUUGUGCAUUGAUUGAAUGGAGAUGGCUGAAGGAAGCGAAAGUGAAACUGCAGCUUUCGAACACAAGAGGGCGCCUAAACCCACUGAAAAGGCUUUAGAGGAGAAAUUGCACAGAAUUAUUGGAUUGAGAAGAGCUAAAUUAUCUGCUCUUACCAGUAAUAUAAAAACCCUAGAAAGGUUGAUGAAUGAUGAUGAAAAUCUGCAGAAUGUGCAUGAUUUAAUGCAACUUGACUUUGCACAAUUGUUAGCAGAGUUUAAUGAUUUAAAUGUUCAAGUUCAAGAUCUUUUGUCUGAAGAUGAAAGGAUUGCAGACCAACAAAACUGGUUUCAGCCUAAAAUGGACUCUGUGAAUAUUUUUAGGAAUAAAACAGAAAACUGGAUAGCUGCUGUAGCUGAGAAAAAUGACAAUGUGGAAAUGGAGGAUGAUAUUAUGCCUCAUGACAGUGCCUCACAGGUAUCUUUGAACAAAAAUGAGCUUAAGCAGCGGUGUGAUUCAGUUACAAGUGGAUCUGUUUGCUCCUCUGUAUCAUCUGCAUAUGCACAAGAAGAAUCAAAACGUGCAGCUUUGCUAGCAAGGGCAGCAUCAUUAAAGAAAAAACAACAACUUGUAAUUGAAGAGAUGCAGAUAAAGGCAAAAAUGGAGGAACUUGAAAUAGAAACAGCGCUUGCAGAAAGUGAUGCCAAAUUAAAGGUUCUGAAAGAAUAUGAGCAUUCAGAGGAUGGAAAAAGUAGUGUGCGGUCAAAGAAAAGAAAAGGAAUCCACCAUAAACAGCUUGAACUGAAAACAGAGCAGAAAGAAAGUUCACCUUCUCAUUCUACUGUGGCGAAGGAUAAAGCAAAGUCUGUCUCAAGUCCAAAGAUACAUCCAGCAACAGAACUGAACAUACAAGUACCUGGACACAGUGACUAUCCACAAGCAGACAACAGCAUUAUUCAAGUUAUGCAGAAACAAAAUGACUUGACUGAGUUGUUGGUGAGACAACAAAGACAAAUUCAGCUUCCUAGUAAAGACAUACAAGUGUUUAGAGGGGAUCCAUUAACCUAUAGAUCCUUUAUCAGGUCUUUUGAGCAUACCAUUGAAAAUAAAACAGACAAUGAAAAAGACAAGUUGUAUUAUCUUGAACAAUACACUGCAGGAGAGCCUCAAGAGAUUGUCAGAAGCUGUGAAUAUAUGCCGUUAAGCAGAGGUUUUAAAGAAGCAAAGCGACUGCUCGAAAGGCAUUAUGGAGACGAGCUUAUUAUAGCAAGAGCUUUUAUUGAUAAAGUUCAAAAGUGGCCUCAAAUCAAGUCUGAUGAUAGCAAAGCCUUGAGUGCUUAUGCUUUAUUCCUAAUUGGAUGUCGCAAUACAUUGGAAGAUGGGGAGUCCAUGGAGGAGAUGGACAGUCCCACCAAUAUGAGAGAUGUAAUUUCAAAAUUACCAUACAAAAUGAAAGAAAGGUGGCGAUCAGAAGCAUAUGACAUCAAGGAAAGACAAGGAGUAAGAGCUAGAUUUACUCAUUUGGUGGAUUUUAUUGAUCGUCAAGCAAAAGUGGUCACAGAUCCUUUCUUUGGAGACAUACUGGACACUCGCAAUGCUGUAACUGCAAAGGUGAAUCAGAAGGAGAAAUUUCCUGCUACUAGGGGAAUAAAAAAGAGCAGCUUUGCAACCAACAUAUGCAUGGAGGAAAGACGGCCUCAAGAUACAUCAAGUAAACUUGCCAGUCCAGCUAAGAUGGUAAGCGCUUUUGAAAAGCCAUGUAUGUUUUGCUCAAAAAGUCACACUCUUGAGUCAUGCACUGAAAUCAAAGAGCAGCCACAUAGUAUACGUGUGGACUUUUUGAAGUCAAAAGGCUUAUGUUUUGGAUGCUUAACUCGAGGUCAUUUGAGUAAGAUGUGCAGAAAGAGAAUUGAAUGUAAAGAAUGCUCUCAAAGGCAUCCAGACAUUUUACAUAUGAAGGAAGAUCGCAAAGUGACAAAGCAGGUUGAGACACCAGACAAAGAGAUCUCAUGUGCCCAGAUCUCCCUAAGUCACCAAUCAUGCAACUACACAGAGUCUGGGGGAGAUAACUGUGUGCUGUCAAUAGUGCCAGUUAAAGUCAAGUCAAAUAAAAGUGACAGAUAUGUGGAAACAUAUGCUUUCCUCGAUGCUGGAAGUACAGCAACAUUUUGCACAGAGGAGCUGCGAAAUAAACUGAAACUGAAAGGAAAGCCAACUCAGAUUCUAUUGAGCACUAUGUGUCAAGACAAGCCAGGUGAACAGAAGUUAGUGAGCAGUUUUAUCCUCACCGACCUGGAAGUAUGUGGGCUAGACGACACCAAGUAUAUUGAACUACCUAAAGUCUUUACACACAGCAAUAUUCCUGUUCAAAAUGAGAACAUUCCUAAACAGGAAGACAUUCAAAAAUGGCCUUACUUAAGUGAAGUGAACAUACCCUGUAUUGAUGCAAAUGUGGGGCUUCUGAUUGGCGCAAACAAUCCAAAGGCAAUGGAACCAUGGCACAUUAUAAACAGCCAACAAGAUGGACCAUACGCUGUUAAAACUGCACUAGGUUGGGUAGUAAAUGGCACCAUUAAGAAAACAAACAAUGCAGAAAGGUCCAAACUGCCACAUCAUACAGUUAAUCGUCUCUCAGUAGUGGAAAUCGAAAAAUUGUUGAUUCAGCAAUAUAACUCAGACUUUCCAGAACGCCUGUAUGAGGAGAAAGAGGAAAAGUCACUGGAGGACAAAAGAUUCAUGCAGUUAAUGCAGGAAAAGACUAAAUUUGAGAAUGGACAUUACUGUGUGAAACUACCAUUGAGAGAUGAAACAGUAACCAUGCCAAACAAUCGAUGUGUUGCUGAAAUACGUGCAGCUAACCUAAAAAGAAAGCUUCAAAAGAACUCAGAAUUGCUUGAUGACUACACUACGUUCAUGAAGAGCAUAAUAGAAAAAGGAUAUGCUGUCAGAGUUCCCACUGAACAUCUUAAUCGGAACGACAACAAGGUGUGGUACAUUCCACACCAUGGGGUGUAUCACCCGAAGAAAAACAAAAUUCGAGUGGUUUUUGAUUGUACUGCUUCCUUUCAAGGUAUGUCUCUGAACAGCCAAUUGCUUCAAGGUCCAAACCUCACAAACACACUUAUUGGUGUACUCACCAGAUUUAGAGAAGAACCGAUCGCUGUGAUGGCAGAUGUGGAGUCAAUGUUCUAUCAGGUGAAAGUUCCUGAGGAAGACACAGAUCUACUUCGCUUUCUUUGGUGGCCAGAUGGCAAUUUGAAUGCACCUAUAGAGGAAUACAGAAUGACGGUGCACUUAUUUGGUGCCACCUCAUCUCCUAGCUGUGCCUCCUAUGCACUGAGAAAGACAGCAGAGGACAGAAAACAUGUAGCAUCGCAAAAGGCUGUGGACACAGUUCUGAACAAUUUCUACGUGGAUGACUGUUUAAAAUCAGUGUCCAAUGAGCAAGAAGCAAUCAACCUUGUCAAGGAAAUUCAAGAUUUGUGUCUGGAAGGAGGUUUUCGAUUGACGAAGUGGGUGAGCAAUAAUAGGAAAGUAUUGUUGUCUAUCCCAGAAGAUCAAAGGGCCAGUGGAGUAAAAGACCUUGACUUGGAUCAGGACUCUUUGCCUAUAGAGAGAGCACUGGGUAUGCAGUGGUGCACAGAUGAUGACACCUUCACAUACCAUAUCAAAGUCCAAGAGAAGCCGUCGAGUAGAAGAGGUAUCCUCUCAGUGGUUAAUUCAAUCUAUGAUCCUCUUGGCUUUCUGGCUCCACUCAUAUUACCAGUUAAGUUACUUUUAAGAGAUCUGUGCAAACAAGGAUAUGGCUGGGAUGAUGAGAUUGAUGACAAGCGUGCUGAUCAGUGGGUUAAAUGGCUAGAAGAUUUAAGUCAGAUCUCAAAUGUCAAGUUCAAAAGGUGUCUAAAGCCAGAGAAGUUUGGCAUCACAGCAGAAGCUCAACUGCAUCAUUUCUCUGAUGCCAGUGAGAGUGCUUAUGGCACAGCAACUUAUCUGGUUCUUACAAAUGAACAAAAUCAGAAAUAUUGCUCAUUGUUGAUGGGGAAGUCAAGAGUAAGCCCACUUAAACAAAUCACAAUUCCUAGACUGGAACUGACCGCCGCAACCAUAGCAGUCAAAAUGGACAAGAUACUAAGACAAGAACUACAAAUGCCACUGCAGCCAUCUAUUUUUUGGACAGACAGCACAACGGUGCUGAGUUACAUUGAAAAUGAGAGCGCCCACUUCAAAACCUUUGUAGCCAACAGGAUUUCACUAAUACGGGAUGCCACCACUCCGUCACAGUGGAAGUUUGUCAGGUCAGCUCAGAAUCCAGCAGAUCAAGCUACUAGAGGUAUUAAGGCAAAGGACUUUCUACAAGCAGAAACAUGGACAAAGGGCCCAAACUUUUUGUUGAAAUCAGAAGAAGAAUGGCCACAAAGACCAGAUCAGAUUAAUCAAUAUCAACAAAAGGACCCUGAAAUUAAAAUUGAAACCAAAGUCAACAUUCUUAAUGUCAAUGAAAACGACAUCCUGUGCAGGUUAACUGACUACUACUCGAGCUGGUUUCGUCUGAAAAGGGCAGUGGCAUGGAUGCUAAGACUAAAAGAGACACUCCUACAGUUAUGUAGGGCAAGGAAACAGUUUCAGGCGUCUAUUGAAACAUCUGAGAAAGACCCAGAAAAACAAGCAUCCCUUCUACAAACUGAAAUGCAAAAAUUCAAAUCAAAAAUAAAGAAAAGGUCACUGAGUCUGGAAGAUUUAAAACAAGCAGAAAUUCUUCUUAUUCAGCACAGUCAGAAACAACAAUUCCUGGAAGAAAUUGAGGCUAUCAAACAAAAUGUGACUAUUAAGAGAAGAAGUCAGCUGUACAGGCUUGACCCUGUGCUCCAGGAUGGAAUCCUAAGAGUGGGUGGUAGACUUAACAAAGCAGCCAUGCCAAAUGAAUCCAAGCAUCCUGCAAUUCUGUCAAAAUACUCCAGAAUUUCAACACUCAUUUUAAGUGACAUUCAUCAAAGAUACGGACAUUGUGGUCGAAACUACACAUUGUCCAUUCUCAGACAAAAAUUCUGGAUUCCCCAAGCUAAUUCAGCCAUUCGAAAAUUAAUACAUAAAUGCUCAGUUUGUCGCCGGCUUAAUGGAAGAGUUGGAGAACAGAAAAUGGCAAGUUUGCCAGAGGACCGUCUGCUACCUGAUAAACCACCCUUUACAAACGUGGGUGUUGAUUACUUCGGACCCUUUGAAGUGAAACGGGGCCGGAGUACUGUAAAAAGGUACGGAGUGUUGUUCACUUGCUUAACGAUUAGAGCAGUUCACAUUGAGGUGGCUGAUAGUUUGGACACUGACUCUUGCAUUAACGCUUUAAGGCGUUUUAUAAGUAGAAGAGGACAAGUCGCUGUCAUGCGCUCAGAUAACGGCACAAAUUUUGUUGGUGCAGAAAGAGAGUUGCGAGAAGCACUGAAAAACCUGAACCACAUCACAAUAGAACAGGCCAUGUUGCAGAAAAACAUUAACUGGAUCUUCAACAGCCCAGCUGCCUCCCAUCAGGGAGGAGUUUGGGAGCGUCAGAUCCGUACAGUUAGAAGGAUACUUAAUGCUCUCCUAAAGGAACAAUCUAUCAGCGAUGACAGUCUUCAUACCAUCAUGUGUGAGGUGGAAAGCAUUAUAAACAACAGGCCAAUAACUACCACAUCCGAGGAUCCAAAUGACCUUGAGCCUCUGACACCUAACCAUUUACUACUGUUAAAAACUCAACCCAACAUGCCACCAGGCGUCUUCAAAAAAGAAGACCAGUAUAUGAAAAGACGUUGGAGACAAGUCCAAUAUCUUGCUGAUUUGUUUUGGAGCAGAUGGACUCAUGAGUAUCUGCCCAUUCUUCAAGAACGCAGUAAAUGGACAAAACUUAAAAGGAACUUUGAACCAGGCGACGUAGUGCUAAUUGUGGACAGUUCUGCUCCCCGCAAUUCAUGGAUAAUGGGAAAAGUAGUACAAACCUUGCCUGACUCCAGUGGAGCUGUACGCCGUGUGAAGCUACAAACCAAAACAAGCAUUCUAGAGAGACCUGUAAACAAAUUGUGCUUAAUUCAAGAAGCAAUUUAAGAAGAAUAGGUGAAACAAAGACAAUGUGAAAGGACUACAUUUACAGAAUGACUGAAUUUCUAUGCUUCUUAUUGAUGUUUAAAUUUGAAUGGCUCUUAGAAGUUAAAUAUGUAUAUGAUAAUUGUUUGGUCUCCUGUCCAUACAAUUAGGGGCCGGAUAUAUAAGAGCCAUAAGUUCAUUGUUUUAUUUAUGUUAAAUUGAUAAUAAUGUAAAAGGCAAACUUGAAAAUAUUUUACUAAAAGUAAUUUAAUUUUUAAUAUAAAGUAUAUGGUGAUGUCACUUCCGGUAAGGAAGAAGUAGUGUCAUGAAGAUGGAAGCAAGACAGUUUUCUGACCGUGUAUUAUAGUUCAGUAAAGUUGUUAUUAAACAUGUUCGAAAUGACAUCACUGGACUGUCUUAUGUUACCCGCGUUCAAAUCCUGCUAAUUCAAAGAGAGAAACAAAACAAGAAGAGACGGAUCGAUGGCACAUACAAGU